CAUGUCAAACCAAAGUCGUAAUCUUAUAUUUUAACCAAACCAGCUACAGUAUUAUCAACUAUCAAUAAUGGUUCCCAAACUUUUCGUUUUAGCUGCCACAUUUUUGCUGGCAACUACUGCGGUGCCAUGUAUACCGAGGCCAGAUGCAACAAUUCCAACACUCCCCAGUACAGGAGCCGUCGACCUCCCAGCGCCGAAUCCCGCUAGCUCCCUCAAGGCCAUCGCAAUCGGCCACGGUAUUCAGAACUACACAUGCGCAAGCGGCAGCGCCACGUCGAUAGCUGCUGGGGCCCUCGCCGUCCUUUAUGAUGUUACGGAAUUCUACCCUGGGACUCCGAAAACCGGACUCACAGCCGCAGGUUUUGAAAGCCUGUCAAGCAAAGUACUGUGGGGGCAAAAUAUACCCCUAAAUCUCGUCGACCAGACUGCCGCCAGCCCAGGAACGCCUGAAAAACCAAACGAUGGCCUGCCCCCGGCGGCCUACGGUGCCGCCGAGGAUGUCGACCCGUUCAUGGCGCCGGCGGACCUCGACCUCGGGCUCCUGCGGCUGAAGUUUUUGGGCCACCACUACUUUGACGCCACGGGAACCCCGACGUUCGACUUACAUGAGCGGAGCCUGCGCUUUUCUGUUAAGCUUAAACAGUCAGUGUCUCAGCCUCCCGCUGCGGACAAAGGUGUCCUUGGCACUGGAGCCGUCAGAUGGCUGCUCCUGAACGACAGUGGUGCUGGGCUCAGUACUUUAGGCGACCAGAGCCAGGUGUACCGCGUUAUCACUGCGGGUGGGUUUGGUCAAGGUUGCAGCACAGAGGGCGCUGUGCCUAAGAGCAGCGUGCCGUAUUCCGCCUUUUAUUGGUUUUAUGGUUGAUCGCUCAUAGCUAUCACACAAGUUGAAGGUUGUCAUGGAAUGGUGCUUGAAUAUAAUGCACGGUCCACUUUAGGCAGGAUUUACUCUUCAAAGUUGCGCCUAUCACUUUGUAAACAGUUCCCCUCCUUGUUAUAUUCAGUUAACUGUUUGUCUCGGGACGAAGUACUGUAAUGUCGGUAACAAAUAUUGUUAAAGCGUUUAAACCGCGCAGCGGCCGGCCUGCAUUUUUCUUUUCCGC